UAGUAGAACAUACAUUUCAUUCAUGAGAAUGCUUCAAGUUCAGUAUAUAUUGGAGAUAAUAAAGCGUAGCUUCUACAAAGACUUGAACAGCAUGAUUCUCUCCACAUUUCAUUAGCUUGGUUGGAGUGUUUCUCACGUGUAGAGGGAUGCCUUCAUUCCGUCCAAAGCUUCUAUUGCUUUGGUAGACAUCAAUGGAUUUAGGAGACAAGUGCCAAGUAAGCGUGCAUUGAGAAAGAACUACAUGCAUACUAACCCCGGAGAUUUGACCUGAACCGAACCAAAAUUUUUUGGUUUUCUGUUUAGGUCCGGUUUAGAGUUGGGUUCAAUUAGGAAAUUUAGAAAACAAUCAGUUAUGGGUUUGGUUCGACAACGGUUAGUUCGUUUUAGAAAAAAAAAUAAACCAAAUCAUAACGACUUUAACCAAAUUAUGAACCAAACUAAUCAAAAAUUUGACUCAAGCUAACCAGAAUCUCGACGAACCAAAAUAACCAGAAUUAUUCGAAUCUUUUUUAUCAAAAAUAAACCAAAAAUCUAAUUGAAGCUGAAAAUUUUGGUUAGUUUCAGGGAAUUUUCACAAAUUAAUCGAACCCAAACCAUAUUUGUUUUCGGUUGUGUUAAGCACAACUUUAACCGAAAUAACCAUAAACCGGACUAUCCAAAUCGAAUUAUCCGAAUGAACCAAACCUGCAGGCCAAAGGCAUACCCAAGAAAUGCGAAGCUUUGAUAGCACGCAACCACCUGAAUAAGAGCUGAAUAUGCUCGCUUUGAAAAUUGAACAGUUUAAUUAAGAUGUUUUAGUUAAUGAAGAUGGAUUACUCGUCAAUUUAUUUAUAUCAACCAUAACUAACGAUUUAAAACGCGGAAACACUUGGUCAAUCUAAUGUUAUCAAGUGAUUUGAUUACUCAAAAGUCAAUCAGGCAUAACUAAAUGAUGCAAUGAGCGAUUAGUCGAAAUCGUGGAGAUCAAGUAAAAUGGAGUCGUCACAGUCGUCGUUAAUCCCCGGCUUGACCGACGACGUAGCCGAGCUAUGCCUCUCGCGAAUCCCUCACUCUGGCUUUCGGAUCAUUGCUCAGGUCUGCCGGCGAUGGAGGACGUUCCUCAGGAGCGAGCAUUUCUCAGCCGUUAGAAAGUUGACCGGAUCGGUGGAGGAGUUCACGUGCGUUCUGAUGGAAAGCCAGUUCGUAAGAGACGGCCGGUUCGUGAAAUACUUGUUCGGGGAAGUCUUCGACGUCUCCGGGAACUGUCUGGGGAGGAUUCCUACCUUCCCUGGGCCUUUCGUGAGCGGUUUCGGCGUCGCGGUGCUCCGUGGCAGAAAGAUCGUGUUCUUCGGUGGGUAUACGAGGGACGAAAGGUUUGCGAUCAAAGGCACCACUAUCUAUGCUUCUGCCCAUGUUCACGAGUUCGAUCCUGCUACUAACAGCUGGAGGAAACUGGCGAAUAUGAACGUGCCACGUCACAACUUUGCAUAUGCUGUAGUGAACGGGCUUUUGUAUGUGAUCCGAGGCUUUUCCUCAUUUGGUGAUAGCCUUCUCAGCACGGAAGUGUACAACCCGAAAACUAACCAAUGGAGCCUCAUGGAUUGUCCAUACCGCCCGGUCUGGCGUGGCUUCGCAUUCUCCUUCAAGUCCAAACUCUUCGUAGUAAGCAAUGAAUCGAGGUUCAUUGACAUAUAUGACCCGAAAACGGAGACAUGGAAAGAGUUAGACUCGGGGCAAUCACUGUCGGUCUACUCCUACACUGUUAUUAGAAACAAAGUGUAUUUCUUUGACAGGAAAAUGCCGGGACUGGGAGUGUUUGAUCCAGAGGAGAAUUCUUGGAGCUGGGUGGGUGUGCCGAGGUCCCCGGGUGGUUACUGGUUCAGACUAGGGGAAUGGAACAAUAAGGUUAUUCUGAUUGCACGGCUCAGGGGAUGUAAGGCCUUAACUGGUGACCUUGAUAAAGAUGACGCGUCCAAGUGGAGAGCCACACACAUUAAACCAUCUGGUUCUAACGCGACCGUCGUUCUCAUUAACUUCUGAUUUCCCCAUUUGGCUUCAUUCUUUUGCAAAAAAAAAUGUGUGUAGUAAUUUGGGGCUGUUAACUUUGUGAGUUUGGCCCUCAACUUUGUCAAUGAUUCUUAUAUUUGUGGUGUGUAUGCCUGCUAAGUUUGUGUAUAUAUGUUUUACGAUUGUUUUGUAUGGCUUUGUUACUGAA